AUGGGUCCCCUCACCACACCUAAAAAAAAGGGAGAAGUUGGUUCAGUUGAUCCCUGGACACCGACCUCAAACCUCAAAAUGCUCAUCAGCGCUGCUAGUCCUGAGAUCAGAAACCGAGAAAAGGAGCUCUGUAUGGACAGCGAUGGGCGGGAUAGUCUUGAAUCUACACAGGAGCCUGAAAAUGGAGAAGAGUCAGAGAAAAUGAUUAGCAGAAAAGAGAAGAGUCUGGGGCUUCUGUGUCACAAGUUCCUUGCACGUUAUCCAGAUUACCCAAACCCAGCCCUCAACAACGACAUCUGCCUGGAUGAUGUGGCUACUGAGCUCAAUGUGGAGCGCCGACGCAUUUAUGACAUCAUGAACGUGCUGGAGAGUCUUCACAUGGUGAGCCGCUCUGCAAAGAACCGCUACACCUGGCAUGGCCGGACCAAACUGGCUCAGACUCUGGCCAUUCUGAAGCAGGUGGGCGAGGAACACCGGUACAGCCAGCAGAUGCAGCAGAUCCGCCAGCGCCUCGUGGAAAAGGAGUUUGACUUUGACGGGGAGGAGAAGGAGAACGAGGUGGCGGUGGUGGACUUGGAGAACGGAGAACACGGACAGAAAGAACUCUUCUUUGUGGAGCUGCCAGGAGUGGAGUUCAAAGCAGCCUCUGUCAACAGUAGGAAAGACAAAUCUCUGAGUGUGAUGAGCCAAAAGUUUGUCAUGCUCUUUCUGGUGUCUAAUCCUCGUGUGGUCAGUCUGGACGUGGCUGCUAAGAUCCUGAUUGGAGAGGACCAGGCAGCAGAUCAAGAGAUUCUAAAAUUUAAAACCAAAGUGCGGCGGCUGUAUAACAUAGCUAAUGUGCUACGAAGCCUGAAGCUCAUUGAGAAAGUUCACGUGACAGAAGAGAGGGGGAGGAAACCGGCGUUCGAAUGGGUCGGCCCUGACGAGUUCCCACAAGUCAAAGACUCGGAGAACACCUCAACCGCAUGCCCACCCAAGAAGAAAGGCGUACUUGAACCACGUGCGUCCGCCGACAACUGUGCCAAAAAUCUCUUCUCGUCACCGGGGACUAAACGGAGCUUCACUCGCCACCCGUCCCUCAUAAAGCUCGCCAAGAGCAUUCAGGAUGAUCGACGCAAGAUCAACUCGGCCCCCAGCAGUCCUGUCAAGAGUGAUUCCUCAGUGAACAGUGACUUCCCAAACAAAAUGGCCCAGCUUGCUGCUAUUCGUAAGAUUGAACUCGACCAGGAGUCAGCGACUGGAGAUGAAGACCUAAAGCCUGCUGCUGCGGAGGCAAACGCAGGUUACGUGUUACAGCUUCCCACUCCUACUUCAGUGGAACCAUCUCAGAUACCGUUACAACCUCCAACUCAGGAGCAAGCAGUCAAUACUACUGCCAACCCGAACCCACACGCCCUGCUGGCAGCACAGCCAACAGGGUCUGUUGCCUACAUCCCCGCGCAGUGUUCGCCCCUGAUCCCUGUACUGUGA